AUGAUUCUCGGUGCCUUAGUUCCCUUUGCGCUCGUGGCCCAGGCCAGUGCUGCCUACGAUAUCUCGCUUGGCUUCAACAGGCCCCAGAUCAACGAAAACAGAACCAUCGAGCAGAUAUACAAGGUUGCUUUGGCCGAGGGCGGUGUCGUCAACUGCUUGCAUGGCGGUGACGAAGUAAACCAGCAGGAUCGCCUGAAACGUGCCUUCGAGUCUCGGUUCCCUGGCAUGACACUUAACGCCACCGUCAACCGCUCCAAGUACCAUACCGUCGAUAUCGAUCGCCAGCUGGCUACCAACAAAGUCGAGCAAGGUGCGUUGCUGCACUAUGCGCCAAACAACUUUUUCAAAGUCUCCCCGCCCUUCCGUCAUAUACGGGCUGCCUAUUAUGGGUUCGCUAUCAACGCUUGGUCGACCGUCUGGAACCCGGCGAAGCUCCGUAACCCGCCGCGGGAAUGGCCCGACUUUUUGAAACCAGAGUAUAAGGAUAAGCUAGUCCUCACGCACCCUAGUGAUGACGACGCGAUUGCCUACAUAUUCGAUCUAGUCAUGAACCAAUAUGGCUAUGAGUGGUUCGAGGGGCUCUUAAAACAGAACCCCCGUUGGGUUCGAGGAACGGCUAGUCCCUUGGCCAUCCUUAGGCAGCCGAAUAGUACGCAGUCGGUCACCUUUACUGCCGGAGGCAAGUUCGUCAGCUGGCCCCGAUCCAUCGCGAUUUACAAAGACGCCCCGCAUCCCGAGAGUGCCAAGCUGUUCAGUAACUUCUUGCUGAGCGACGACUUCCAGAGGAACAUGUCGCAGUGGAGUGCUCGCAGCGAUAUUAAGCCCCCUGGUAGCUUCCCAACCAUCCUUGACAUGACCAGCACCAACCCGGCCGAGUAUAUGAGGUGGAUGGCUGACCGCGGGCGGGUGGAGGCUCUCAGGAUGCAUUUUGAGGAUAAGUUGGGGAUGCCCCAGGGUCCAAGCCCCCUGGUUGACGAAUUGUAA